CACUCGCUGCGAGAGCGCGAACAGCGCGCUCCCGUCGUCCGCGUCGCCAUCUUUUUCCCCCUCCGUCCGUCUGUCUACCGUUGGCUUUGUCUGUCUGCCGCGCCGCCCCUCGCCUCCCCGCCGCCGGCCCGGCCCUCAGCCACCCUCUGCCCGCCGGGGCCCGGUCUCAGGGAGCCCCGGCCCGGCCAACCCGAGCUGCGGCCGGGGCCCAUUGUCCCGCGAUCUGUCCGUCCGGAGGCGGAGCCCAGGGACGCGGAGCGCCGAGGCUGCGGAUUCACAUCACUCGGAUUCGGGAGAGUUUACUUUGCUCCGUGGGAACCUCACCAGAGCUGGAGGUGUGAAGUCCCAGGAGGGACCAUCUGGUCAGUUCCCCAUCGGGCCACUAGGAGGAUGGUGAGGAACAGCCGGUGCUGCUGUGGCUGCAGGUCUGAAAAGAACUGUGUUUGGUAUGCAGAUAUGCUAGAAGACUGCCCGAGAGCUGCUUCCUUUGCCACUUCCUGUGGAGGCCGGGCUUUGCCAUUUGCGGUUUCUUUCUUCUUUUGGUCAGCACCUUACAAGGAGGUAGUGACCUGUCCAGGGGUGAAACUGGGAAAGAAUCGAACUUGUCUAUCAGGGAAACAUGUCCCGUAGGAAACAGACAAAUCCAAAUAAAGUUCACUGGGAUCAAGUAUUUGCUGGGUUAGAAGAACAAGCCCGACAGGCAAUGAUGAAAACCGAGUUUCCUGGAGACCUUGGCAGUCAGCGACAAGCUAUCCAACACCUAAGAGAUCAGGACUCCAGUAGCAGUGACAGUGAAGGUGACGAAGAGGAGACCACACAAGAUGAAGUAUCUUCCCACACAUCAGAGGAAGAUGGUGGGGUAGUCAAAGUGGAAAGAGAAUUAGACAGUGCAGAAGCACCUGUCGGUAGUGGGGACGCACUGGUGGAGCACGAGGUCACAGAGAACCUAAAUUCUGACCCCUUACUUGAACUCUGCCAGUGUCCCCUCUGCCAGCUAGACUGUGGGAGUCGGGAGCAGCUGAUUGCCCAUGUGUACCAGCAUACUGCAGCGGUGGUGAGUGCCAAGAGUUACAUGUGCCCUGUCUGUGGACGGGCCCUUAGCUCCCCAGGGUCUCUGGGUCGCCACCUCCUAAUCCACUCAGAAGAUCAGCGGUCUAACUGUGCUGUGUGCGGAGCCCGCUUUACUAGCCAUGCUACUUUCAACAGUGAGAAACUUCCUGAAGUACUUAAUAUGGAACCCCUACCCCCAGUCCAUAGCGAGGGCCCCUCCAGUGCUGAAGGACAGGACAUUGCCUGUAGUCCUCCAGUCUACCCUGCAGGAAUUCUGCUCGUGUGCAACAACUGUGCUGCCUACCGCAAGCUCCUGGAAACACAGACGCCCAGUGUGCGCAAGUGGGCCCUCCGUCGGCAGAACGAACCCUUGGAAGUAAGGCUGCAACGACUUGAACGAGAACGCACAGCCAAGAAGAGUCGGCGAGACAAUGAGACCCCAGAGGAGCGGGAGGUAAGACGCAUGAGGGAUCGUGAAGCCAAGCGCCUGCAGCGCAUGCAAGAGACAGAUGAGCAGCGAGCUCGCAGGCUACAGAGAGACCGUGAGGCCAUGAGGCUCAAGCGGGCCAAUGAAACCCCAGAGAAGCGGCAGGCCCGGCUCAUUCGAGAGCGAGAGGCUAAGAGGCUCAAGAGGAGACUGGAGAAAAUGGACAUGAUGUUGCGAGCUCAGUUUGGCCAGGACCCUUCUGCCAUGGCAGCCUUAGCAGCUGAAAUGAACUUCUUCCAGUUGCCUGUGAGUGGGGUAGAGUUGGACAGCCAGCUUUUGGGGAAAAUGGCCUUUGAAGAACAGAACAACAGCUCUCUGCACUGAACCACACCCUCUUGCCUGACCUCCCAUCCACUCUAGCCCAGAGAUUGGUGCUGCAGUCACUCAGGAGGCCACAGUUCUUGCUGCCACAGGCAGGUCCGGGUUGGUUGCAGGGAAACCUGUGCACCCUCUGCAUUUGGGAACAGGAUGGGGUCAGGAGGGACCUGGCUCAAUGCAGCUCUGGACAAGGGAGCAGGCACUCCAGAAACCUGGACCCUUCAGCCCUCGGUGGCAGGCCAGGAUUAUGGGACUGUAGGACCCAAUACGGUCCAUGAAGUUGUGAGGGCAAAUAAAUUAAUUUUAUCUUUA